AUGUGCGGCAUCUUUGCCGCCAUCAGCGACAGUCAACAUAUUCGGCCAUCGCCUGAGCUGGAGCAGCAACUUCAACAGCGCGGACCUGACAGUACCGGACAACACAAAGCUUCCCACGGAGAGCAUGGACCUCACGUCUCGCUACACGCCACGGUACUAUCGCUGCGAGGUGAUCAUACCGUGCACCAACCUAUAUCUGUUGGAACGUCCGGGUCUGCGCUAUGCUGGAACGGUGAAGCCUGGAGUAUUGCGGGACUCCCGACUUCCGGCAACGACACUCUGGCCGUGGCAAGGCUGCUAGAGAAUAUUGCCGGUGAGCAAAAUGAGGCACCGAGUCGUGGCGAAGCAAUCAUCGCGCGGGCUAGAAAUCUAGCAUCAGCUUUGUCUCAAAUCGCUGGACCAUAUGCUUUCGUCUUCCACGAUGCGGCGAAUAACUUACUCUUCUAUGGCCGCGACUUCCUAGGCCGACGUUCUUUACUCAGUGGAUGUACUGAAAUGGGAAACUGGCUGCUAUGCAGCGUCACUGCUGGUACACCCAACACUUCCUGGCAAGAAAUUGGCACCGACGGCGUCUACUGUCUAGACCUUUUACAAGCAAAGAAUGCUGGCAAUAGAAUGGAGGAGGCCGUAUCAUUCGCUGCUUAUAGCUCGUGCGAACCGCGGGAAGUCACUGACGAUUCCAAGACGGUGAUUCCAAAGCUUUCUUUGAACCUGGACCUGCCAGCACAAGACCAUUGUCUCAACGCAAAGUCGCAGGCCGUGGAGCACUUGCAAAAGCUGCUUCGUCGAGCAUUGGCCGUGCGAAUUGACAGCAUCCCAGUGCCACCAUGCUUGCAAUCGGGCGAAGCGAGCUCACCACGAACGAGGCUUGCAAUACUAUUUUCCGGCGGACUUGACUGUACCGUGCUCGCUCGACUAGCUCACGAUAUCUUACCAAUGGAUGAGAUCGUAGACCUUCUCAACGUGGCAUUCGAGAAUCCUCGCGUGCACAAACCACAUACUGAGAGUGCAUACGAACUCUGUCCGGAUCGAAUCACCGGGUGCGCGUCGUACAAAGAGCUGCAGGAAGUGUGCCCGGAACGACACUGGAACUUCGUGGCGAUCAAUGUACCAUACGUACAGACUCUAGACCACCGCGACCAGGUCAUCACACUAAUGCAUCCGCACAACACGGAAAUGGACCUCAGCAUCUCAUGUGCGUUAUACUUUGCAUCACGUGGUCAAGGCUUCUUGUCCCCGACACCCGACGUGCUAGAGCCAUACACUACUUCCGCACGAGUCCUGCUCAACGGACUAGGCGCAGACGAGCUUUUUGGUGGCUACCAAAGACAUGCAACAGCGUUCGCACGCAAAGGCUACGAGGGUCUACUUGAUGAACUAAGCCUUGACAUCGGACGACUUGGCAAACGAAAUCUAGGACGAGACGAUCGUGUGAUCAGUCACUGGGGUAGGGAAGCAAGAUUUCCAUAUCUUGAUGAGCAAGUGCUUGCUUGGGCCAUGAGUGUGCCGGUUAAUGAGAAGUGCGGCUUCGGCGAGACUCUCCCUGAGACGCCAAACGACGGGAGUGAGCUUCUUGAGCCGGGUAAGAAAGUGCUUCGGUGCUUGGCGUGGAAGCUUGGAAUGAAGGGCGUGGCGAAGGAGAAGAAGCGUGCUAUCCAGUUUGGCGCACGUACAGCCAAGAUGGAGACGGGCAAGACCAAAGGCACGACAUUGCUGUCAUGA